GUUGGAGUUUGGAGGUAACGCAAAGAGAAUGAGAGGCCGCGGAAGCCCCCAUUUUGCCCUCGAUUCCUCCAAACGACUUAUCCUCUCGCUCCUCUUUCUCCUCGCUCCGCUCACAAUUGCCGAAUUCCAGCCCGCCGACGACUUCCUCCUCGCCUGCGGCGCCGGCGGCGACACUGACCUACCCGACGGCCGCCUUUUCGUCCCCGACUCUUCCUCCUCCGCUGCCCUCUCCGACUGCAGUUCCACUGCCCUCUCCUCCUCCGCUCCGCCCCCGCUCUACCGGACGGUUCGGGCCUUCCCCUGCCCCUCCUCCUACGUCUUCCACCUCGCCGCCGCCGCCCAGGCUGGCCUCCUCCUCCGCCUCCACUUCCACCCCUUCCCCUCCCCCUCCCUCAACCUCUCCGCCGCCCUCUUCAACGUCUCCGCAUCCGGCGUCCCCCUCCUCUCCCUCUUCUCCCCCGCGGCGGCGGCGUCACCUCCCCGCCCCCUCGUCAGGGAGUUCUAUCUCAAGCCCAACUCCUCCUCCCUCCGCCUCACCUUCUCCCCCGCUUCCCCCUCCACCGUCGCCUUCAUCAACGCAAUCGAGCUCUUCUCCGCCCCGGACCGUCUCUUCUCCGAUGCCUUCACCCCGAUCCCCUCCCUCUUCUCUUUCUCCGACGCCCCGCUCUCCAACCAUCUGCUGGAAACCGUCUUCCGGAUCAAUGUGGGCGGCUCCUUCGUCACCCCCGACAAUGACACCCUCUGGCGAACCUGGGAACCCGACGACAAGUACCUCCAGAACCCAGCCCGAGCUAUAAGUGUCACCUUUGGUAGUCAUAUUCAGUACAGAGACGGCGGAGCCACGCCAGAGAUUGCACCUGACUACGUCUAUGGAACUGCAAGAGCCAUGAACAAGGGUGACUCAUCAAAUUCUUCUUCACCUUCCAAUUAUUUCAACAUAAGCUGGAAUUUUCCGGUGCCAAAUUCGGUCCAUGGAUUCCUUGUUAGAUUGCACUUCUGUGACAUAGUCAGCAGCGCACUGAACGAGCUCUUCUUCAAUGUGUACAUCAACGGGUACCCUGCUUAUAAGGAUCUCGACCUCUCAUCACAAUCCAGUUACACUUUGGCUUCACCUUACUAUGUAGACUUUGUUGUCCUGCAUCGAAGCAGUACCGGGGGCAUUAAUAUCAGCAUUGGGCCUUCAGAACACAGCCUUCCAUCGAAGAUCAAUGCUCUGCUGAACGGCGUGGAGAUACUGAAGAUUAAUGGGGUUGUUUCGUCCCCGAAUGAAGACAGUAGAAAAAGCAGACAUUUUGGAGUAAUUGUUGCUUCUGUUCUCGGUUGCUUGAUCCUUGCUUGUGCUAUCAUGGUGCUGGUUGUUAUCAUGGCUCAGAGGAAGAGUCGGAAGGAUCAGAUGCCUCAGUCACAAGAUGCUGAUACUUGGUCGCCAUUGCCGGUCCUCCCAGGGAAUUCGUAUCUUAGAUUGACAGAGUUGACCACUGGAUCCCCUUCCAACAACCCUAAUCUUCAGCUCAGAGUACCUUUCUUCGAAAUUGUGUUGGCUACAAACAAUUUCAAUGAGAAUGCUCUUGUUGGGGCAGGAGGGUUCGGGAAGGUCUACAAAGGUGUACUCAGAGAUGGCACCAAGAUUGCUGUGAAGCGAGGCACCCGUGGGUCUCAACAAGGACUUGGGGAAUUCCAAACAGAGAUUGAGAUCCUGUCUAAGAUCCGCCAUCACCACCUUGUUUCGCUCAUCGGGUACUGUGAGGAGCAGGCAGAGAAGAUCUUGGUCUAUGAGUUUAUGGAGAAGGGUCCCCUGAGAGACCAUCUGUAUGGCUCAAGGAAUCCAUCUUUAUCUUGGAAACAACGGCUCGAGAUUUGCAUUGGCUCUGCGAGGGGUCUGCACUACUUGCACACUGGUUCUGCUCAAGUGAUCAUUCACCGCGAUGUUAAAUCCUCGAAUAUUUUGCUGGAUGAGAACUACGCUGCCAAAGUUGCAGAUUUUGGUCUGUCAAAAUUAGGCACUUCAACCAACCAGUCUCAUGUGAGCACCGGUGUCAAGGGAAGCUUUGGCUAUCUCGAUCCCGAGUACUUCAAGACACAGCAGCUCACCGAUAAGUCUGAUGUGUACUCCUUCGGUGUCGUGCUUCUUGAAGUCUUGUGUGCGAGACCUGUCAUCGACCAGUCCCUUCCAUGGGAACAGGUAAACUUAGCUGAGUGGGCGAUGCACUGGCAGAAAAAACGGCUUCUUGAGAGAAUCAUUGAUCCCUCAUUGAAGGAGAGGACCAAUCGCAAGUCGCUGAAGAAAUUUGGUGAGACUGUGGAGAAGUGUUUGGCACAAUAUGGAAUCGAUAGGCCAACAAUGGGAGAUGUUCUCUGGAACUUGGAGUAUGCCUUGCAACUCCAUGAAAGAGCAGUGCACCAAGAACCAGGCGGCGACAGUACCUAUGGCCCUUCGGAUGAAUCCUCGUCGAGUGUCCUGCAGGUUAGCACGAGUGCAGUGACAGCAAUGAGAGAUACCAGCACUGCAGAAAGACAUGGCAAGAGUUCAACUGAUACAGUAGGUCUUGCGAACAAAGAAGCUUUUAGACCAGGAAGGAAUUCUUGAAAUCGAAAAUGAAGGUACUUCAGGAUUCACAGAUUUUUAUUUUUCAUAUGGUGAAGUUGUUUCCUGUAAUCCAUGUUAGAUCUUUUGAAAUUUCAGGUCUUGUUAGGUUAUAUUGUAGUCUAUCAUGUACACGAUUGCUUCUGUAGUCCAACUGUGUGUAUUUCAAUUGUAUAUGGAUGGUUCCAUGUCUCAAGUUGAGAACAAACAAGUGUUUUGAUUCUUAAUAACAUGACAAUUGUAUUGAUACAA